AGGAAACUUACAAAACCUAAUGUAAAACAAUAACUGCUCCCGAACUCGUUACUUUUCCCGAGGGAUGGUACAGGAUUUGGCUCGGACAGGGGCACUAUCGGAGCUCCGAAACGAUCGGUUCCCUUUCUUGAAAGAAACCAAAUUCCAGCGAAAUGAGAGCCACACUUUACUUACUGCUUGGACUGUGUUACCUGGCUGGCGUGCACACUGAGGAAACCGAAUUUCCCCCAGAACUGUUGGAGAAAUUGGCACACAGUGAUAUCACCAGUAUCCGUGAUCUUCAGCGCCUCCUGGAGAUUGAAUCCGUAGGGGAUGAUGAUCAUUCAGACUCUAAUUUAAGGUCCCACAGUAUUAACACAAUAAAACAUGAGUACACAAAACGCUCAGCACCUGUAAGGAGAAAGCGAAGUGUUGAAGAAGCUGUUCCUGCAGUGUGCAAAACGAGGACUGUCAUUUAUGAAAUACCUCGCAGUCAGAUAGACCCGACGUCUGCCAACUUCAUGAUAUGGCCAGCCUGUGUGGAGGUCCAACGCUGCACUGGUUGCUGCAACACUGGCAGUGUCAGAUGCCAGCCUUCCCGGGUACAUCACCGGAGUGUCAAGGUGGCAAAAGUGGAAUAUAUAAGGCACAAACCAAGAUUAAAGGAGGUGAUAGUGAGGUUAGAAGAGCACCUGGAGUGUACAUGCACGGCUCUACAGUCCAAUUCAGAGUACAGAGAACAUGAAGGCCCUAUCACCAAACCAAAGCGUUUUAGAGGAAGAAAUAGUGAAAAAAUUAAAAAACGGAAGCGUAAAAAGUUAAUACUCUCACCCGACAAGGAUGUGUUGCCAACAUAAAAGCUCUGGGACUCAUUCAGAUAUGAGGUGAAAAUAAGCUAAUCGAGGACUUGUAAUGGAGGGCAAGGACAAACACCCUUUCGUUACAUUCCAAAGCCUGUACCCCAAAGGUGCUUUUAUUUUGACUGUUUUUUCCCUUUUGCCCUCAACAAAACUCUUUCCCCAGCAAACUGAAAAAGGACAAUUUAAAAAAAACUGACUUAACUCUGAGGCAACAAAGAGGAAGACCUGGGACUGCAUGGUGAACUGGUGCAACACUGCAUCUUGUUUUUUUUUGAAAUACAUUAAAAAGAAACAAACAAAAAUAGGCAUUCAAAUGAGUGCAAAGAAUAUUGGAAAAUGCUGCUGAAAGGAUACGGUUUUAAGUGAACGGUGGAUAUAUAAUGAAGAACUUCUAUAAUGGUGCUGUUAAUUGAAAGGCUGUUAAUUGAGGCCUCAGAGGAACAGACAAACGAGAGACACAGCGCAGGCAAGAAGCCUCCAAGCGUGACUUCCCUACCAGAGAUAUCCACGAGACUGUGGAGCGACCUUGCACAGUGUUCUAGUUUUUUUAUGAACUACGCAGUUCCUUCUGAGGGUGGGGUGGCAGCUUUGAAGAUGGAUGUUAAGAGUUUAUGAACGCACCAUUAGGUGUAUAUUAAGCUUGCUUCUACUGUACUCUUUUUAGUGUUUUAUUAUUCAGUGGACUACUUGUAUAUUUUAUUGCAUUUAUGAGACUGCAGGGUACAACUUUGCAGUAUGUUGUUGAUUUGUUUUACUGGAAGAAUAUGAUCUUUAACCUAAGAUGUUCAGAAAAUUUUGCAAAAAAAAAUUUCAGAAAACUCUUUUUGGUUCAAUAUUUUCUUUUAUCUCCCGUUCUUCCUACUUUCUAAUUUAAAUCAUUUCAAGUAAAAUUAUUUUGCAUUAAUAAAUGAUACAAAAAAGCAGUUAUCUCUUGUCCUGUACGCUGCA